UCAAUGCUGUGUUCUGAAAGGAUUCAGCAGUGUAGGUUCUGGAUGCUGUGCGCAGCAUCAUCCGUCAUGGAUUUGGCGCUCCUGCCGCUGACCGCAAAGCUUCUGUGAAUAAGACAAGGGUGGUGAGCGCAAAGCUGUGAGCCGAAUUCAAUGCAAAAGAAGAUCUUACACCAACAAUUCAGGAUUGAAUCUUCUAGUGCCAGUCACGUCAUUUGUUGCUUUAAGCUCUGUGCACGUGCCUGAGAAAAAGGUAUAUGCGGAGGCUUUGACCAAUCCAGCCACGCGAUACACCAAGGUCUUUUGUGGUACACAUGCUCGAAGAAACUGGGGGCAUCACGGAAUUUGAAGCAAACUUUCGCAGUUCAUUUCAAAAAAACAGAUGGCUGUUGUUAGAUUCAACCAGCAGGGCCUUUCCUUCGCAACUUUCUUCACUUGUGUUUUGGCCUUUGGGCGUGACAGCAAGACAGUUGCAAGCUGCUAAGCAGUCUUGUCACGGUCUGACGGGUGCAAUGCAAGGAACUUGCACAAAGCAACUUUCAAAUGCACAUGGCCUUGGCUGUCUAUUUUCGUUCUCACGCUUUGCACCUCAGCUCUAUGCCAAUGAAAAGCAGAGUGGUGAGUAGGCUUGUUGUCCAUCCUGACUUGCUUGGUUUCUUUGGCCUGUUUUGUUUAUCGCAAAAAAUACUUGACCAUGAGUUUUGUGUAGGACUCUUUACAAAAGGAGUGGGCGUCGUACUCUGGGCUGAUGCAAGUGUGUCAUCUGCAUUUUGCAGGGUCCCCG